AUGAAGUCUCAAGUCCUCGUCGCUGCUCUCGGGCUCAUUUCCUCAUCUGUCGCUGUUCCUGCCCGCAUUCAAGCUCGGGCAGAGUCUCCUAUCGGUUACGGUGCAGCAACUACUGGAGGUGCUGGCGGAACCGAAACGACAGUCUCAUCUUGCGAGGCUCUCAUCGCUGCUGUCAACAAGAAGGAUACCAGCAAGAAGAUUGUCUACAUCGAGGGCAUGAUCUCGGGUUGCGGUAUCGUCGAUGUUGGCAGCAACACCUCCGUCCUCGGAAAGGGGGCGAGCGCGGGUGUCAAGGACACUGGCUUUCGUGUGCGCAAGGGAGAGAAUGUCAUCUUUCAGAACUUGGCUAUGGGCCCUGCUCCAGCCAAGGGCGACCUUCUCGCCAUCAGCGAGUCGACGAAAAUCUGGAUUGACCACAACACCUUCGCCUCCAUGGGCCUAACUGGAGGCAAGGAUGACUACGAUGGACUGUUGGAUAUCACCCACGCCGCUGAUGAUAUCACCGUCUCCUGGAACAAGUUCUCGGGACACUGGAAGGGCUCUCUCGUCGGUCACUCAGACAAAGCGGCUGCCAAAGAUAGCGGCAAGUUCCACAUCACCUACCACCACAACCUGUUCGACAAGGUCAACUCCCGUCUCCCAUCCGUCCGAUUCGGAACCGUCCACAUCUUCAACAACCACGUCACCGGCACCCAGACAUCUGGUAUCAACUCUCGCAUGGGCGCUCAGGUCUACGUCGAGGAAUGCGUCUUCAACGAUACCAAACUCGCUAUGGUCACCGACCUCGACUCCGCCGAGCCCGGCUCCAUCUGCGACGUCAACAACAUCCUCACCGGCACCACCACCACCCGCAUCACCCAGGAGUGCACCUUGAAAGUCCCCUACCAAUACACCGCCGAGAAGGCCAGCGAAGUCGAGGCCUCCGUCGCCGCCGGCGCCGGUGCCGGCAAAAUGUAG